GUUAUGCUGUUAGUGGCGCUGUCGAUGAUCUUCAUUAUACCGUUGAUCGUAUACUUGCUCUCCGAUUCCAGCUCGUACGAGGCUGGGUCUGGCGGCAAGCUCCUCGAACGUGGGAGCAUGCGACCACCGCCUAGACGAGAGGUGCCUCUGUUGACUGGGCCAAGAGGCUCAGAGCAGCGUGUGUCGCUGGAGGCAGCACAGGCCCACGCGAUGCCACCAACAGCUUUGGCUCGGCCUCGCCCAGAUGAAGAUCCACCAAAGCUUUGUGAGAAUCUCAUCCUGCCGAAGCACUUAGCAAUCUUCCUCGUGGAUGCCGAGCGUUUGAAGAAUCCGUCAUUUGGGGCGUUCCCGAUAUGGGGCGGGUCAGGCAAGCAGUUGCUCCAAGCCGAUUUGCAGGACCGCGGUCCUGAGGGACUGCAGCUGUGGAUUUGGCCUGUCAAUUUGGACUGUCCAGCUGCAGUUGUAUUGCAAAGGAGGUCCUCUAUGCAAUCUGGACUGGAGAUUUACAAUCGGGACAAUCAGUUAUAUGGGUUUCUGGAAAGUGCCGGUGGCAGGGUCAUGCUGAUGUGCAAUGGUUUUCCGGUCAUGGCAGUGGACGGGAAUGCGGACGCGCUCACCUACACUGCCUGCCGAGUGAAUGGCAGCAUGCUGGCAUCGGCAAGUGUUGUGUCUGAAAAUCUGCGUGUUGAUGAUGUGCGCGAGGGUUGGAAGCUGCAGGUGAAACCAGGAGUGGACGCCAUUGUCAUCAUGUGUGCCUUCCUGUCAUCAAUCCUGCUAAAUCGACGUUCGGGUACGUUUACGCCUUCCUUACCCUCGGCGAGUCCGCGGGCAUCGAUCCUUUCCUCAGCUGGUCAGUUGCCUCGGAUGUGA